AAGCCCAUGAAUGAAUGCAAUGCAAAGUAUGAAGCUUUUAUUUAUAUAGAAAUGUUCUCAAAAAUUCUUAUCACAAAGUCACACAUUGCACUCAAAUUAAACAUAAGGCUAUCAGCUUUAAUUUCUGCUGAGUACCGAGCUGAGCUGAGCUAUGAGUUUGAUUUGAAAUUCAUUCAAGCUUUGCUUUUAAGCGACUACAGUUCGCUAAAUCUUUUGUGCAAUGAAGUUAGUCCAGAGUUUUGCUUUCAAGCUGUUUGUGGCUUUAAUUCUUUUGUGCCAUUUGGUCUGCUGUGAAGAUAUUUCAAGCGAUGAGGAGCAGACUUGUGGAGCUAACACACCCAUUGACAAACAGUGUGGAGGCUACACAUAUAAGGUAAUGAAACCAAUAUUGGUAUAUUUAAAGCAACUGCAAGAUACUGUGAACAACAACAACAUCGACACUUUGAGCACGGAUAAUAAGCAACUGAUUGAAAAAGUGAAGGGGUUAGAACAACAACUGACAGACUUGAGAGCAUCCAAUGAAUUUCAAAAGCAAAUUAUUGAUCAAUUUACAAGCAGUUUAGCUCUGAUUAAUCAGAAGACAACAAAUAUUGAGGAUCUAAGCAAACAAAUCUUAGAACUGCACUCCGCUCAGCAAGUUCAAGGCAAGACUGAAGAACUGGAGACGCGACUAACGAAAUUGGAAGCUAAAGAGGAAAUUGCAGUAUUGCCUACAAGUUGUUUACCCUUUGGUCAGACUCCGGGUAUGCAUAAGAUACAAGUUGCUGGUCUAAAGGCACUGGAAGUACUAUGCGAAAAUACGAUUGCUGGUCCAGGAUGGACUGUCAUUCAACAAAGGAUAAAUGGUAAAGAGAAUUUCUACAGGGAUUGGAGCACUUAUCGCGAUGGCUUUGGUGCGUCCAACGCUGAUUUCUUUCUCGGCCUUGAGCACAUACAUCGGCUCACUAAUGAGAGACCACACGAGCUAUAUAUCUAUAUGGAGAGAUUCAAUGGAGCAGUGAUUCAUGCGCACUACGACCAAUUCAAAAUAUCAGACGAGGCCGACGGCUAUCGACUACUGCGCUUGGGCAAAAUGAAGGGCAAUGGCAAAGCGGAUUGGUUCAGAAAGCAUCAAAAUAUGCAAUUUGCCACACAUGAUCGGGAUAAUGCGAUCAAGUGUGCUCAGCUAUUUGACAGCGCCUGGUGGUUCGACAAUAAAAAGUGUGAGGCAAUGGAUUUGAAUGCUUUUUACUAUGGCGCUGAGCUUAAUUGCAGUGUCCACACUAUGGUCGAUUGUAUGUCCCUGAAGACGGUCAAAAUGAUGAUACGCCCCAAAAAUUCAAAUGUCAAAUAAAUAAAUAAAUGUGCAACUAAAUUUAUUAUAAUAAAUUGUACAGUGAGAAGCAAAAGUAUAUCCAUUUAUUAAUGAGAUAAUUCAAAUCGAAACGAAACGAUCUUUAUCUUUUAUUUUUAAUUCAUAGGGCGUUACUUUUAUCUUUCUAUAAUAUUCACAAAAUGUGCUUAGAAUGGAAUAAGCUAUGCCAUAGUGGAUUGGAUUAUUGGAUUUGAUUUAUUUGUUUCGCUUCUGUGAAUGACUUUGGCUGCUUGCCCCACUGUACUUCUAUACC